CGCUACAUUAAAAAUGUCUUCGAAAUUCUCUCAAGCCAGUCGGCAAGACCUGAUAAUCAAGCCAGUGUCUGAAGAUGAUUGGUUGCCAUUUAAAGAAUCUAUCACCAAUCGGUAUCGUAUUUCAACAUUAAAGGAAUUGAUGAAGUACAUGGAAACAUUCCAUUCCUUCAAAGCAACUGUGGAUCAAUACAAGAGUCAGUUUGCCAAGUGGGGUAUCGACGACAAACGCAUCAAGACAAGAGGGUAUAUGGCCAUACUUAAGCUGAAAAGGGAACACCAGAUGGCCAAUCUUGAUAGAGGUAUCUCAUUUUUUUUUUUUGCAUGGUGUUCCUGUGGAUACGGAGAAUAUCAACAGAUUCGAAGAAAGAGCUAGGAGACAUGGCAGAAUCUCUAUCAAUGAG